CCCACGGUCCUCGUCGUCGGCGCCGGCUACGUCGGCGAGCAGCUGGUUCGCAGCUUCUCGCAGCACUACAGUGUCUUCGCACUGGACAUCAGCGAGGCGCGUCGCUCUUCACUGCGCGCCCAGUUCGCCGAGCGCUCGAGCGUGCGCGUCAUCGGCAGUCUGAGCGACAGUGUCGCGGCGCAGGCGUUCGACCUCGCCCUCAUCUCCGUGCCGACGAUCCUGCGCGCCGACUGCCAGAGCGUCGACUCGGCGCACAUUCAGGCGGCCGCGGCCACGGUGCUGCCGCACGCACGGCCCGGCUCGACGGUCGUCGUCGAGUCGAGCGUCACCGUCGGCAUGACGCGGCAGCUCUUCGCUGCCUUUCGCGCUCGCGGCGUCUACGUCGGCUUCUCGCCGGAGCGUGUCGAUCCUGGUAGAACUUCUCCGGCGUUCGAACAGAUAAGCAAGGUCGUCUCGGGCAUCGACGCCGCCUCGCUGGCGCAGGUGCAGCGCUUCUACGAGCCCGUGUUUGCCUCUGUCGUCAGUGUCGCCUCGCUCGAGACGGCAGAGUUCUCCAAGCUCUUCGAGAACUGCCAGCGGCUCAUGCUCGUCGCCUACGUCAACGAGAUGGCCGACGUGUGCGCGAGCAAGGGCAUCGACAUCCACGAGGUGUGUGCCGCGAGCGCCACGAAGCCCUUUGGCUACACGGCCUUCUCGCCGUCGCUCGGCGCCGGCGGACACUGCAUCCCGGUGAACCCAUGGUACAUCCUGGCCAACUGCGAGGCCCCGCUGCUGCGCGAGGCGGCGCGUCGCAACCAGGCCCGGCCCGCCGAAAAGGCCCUCGAGAUUGCCGCUGCGGCCAAGCGCAUCGCCGAGGGCCGUGGCGUGUCGCAGGCUCGCGUGCUUAUGCUCGGCCUCGCAUUCAAGCCCGGCCAGGCAUCGCUGGCGUACGCUCCGGCGUUCAUCGCCGCGCAACACCUAACACAGCACGGCCUCGCCGUCUCCUACCUCGACGACGCCGUCGCUUCGGCGCCGUGGCCGCGCCUGGAG